CACCAUACAUGCGUGUAAAAGUGAAGUGCAGUGUGCAGUGCUCGCAGCUUCACAGAUUUUAACAACACAUUUGAUUGGUCUAAAAACUAACCCGGGUCAUUGAGAUUUGUGGAGUUGUUGAAGCGCGCUAUAAAUCUGAGCGCCUCACGGGACAAUCCUCUAGAUUAGCGGUUGACGCACAGGAUGGAUUUCGUAGAUAGCAACCUGAUACUGUACCGUACUGGUCGGUAUACAGGGACGGGUUGAUCUAGAAUGAAAUGCUUUAAAUGUAACGUAUCGAUGGAUUUCGCUACUCUUCCAUGAUCAAAUGAGUCCGUUGUUAUAAGGAUAGAAUGUGUGUAGUCCUAACGGUUAAAUAGGCUAGAUGAGCUAUGACCGGAGAGCUAAAUAGGGACCUUUCCUGUUUGGAUUCCAAAAUGAAGAGACCCAACGUAAUGGUGGCAGAUUUGGUGCGUUACAACACUGUCUUGUGGGACCUUUGUGAUGGAGCCGUUUUACUUUCUCACUAAAACAAGCAGAUCUAAGAAUGCGUAACAGUACUUUAAUGGUUGGAAGUAACGUCUAAACCUUUUGGCUAAUAUUAAUGUAUUUUCGGGUUCUGCUUGCUCACUAACAUCAGAUAACAAUCUCAGGUAUACAAGCGUAGACUACAUUUAGCUGGCAUGCCAAGUGUGUGAAUAGGAGGAACUUUAAAAUAUCUAUCCCGCCAUUGUGCCCUUGGAUAGGGCACUUAACCUAUAACCUGCUCCAGGGCCGCUGUUCUGCCACUGACCGACCGGUGCCUCUCUCAACGUGUGUGUUUCUUCACCUCGGACGAUUUGGAAAGGCAGAGGACAACUUUCCUUUUGAAGUUUCACCCAACAGUGGACUAACUACACAAUUAUAUUCUACUCUGUUCUGUUGUCGUAGAACACCGCAGUUCAAAAUGAACGUGUUGAAAAUGAGGAAAGCCGUAUUAAAAGAAGCGGUUAAACGGUUCCCAUGGUUAGCCAACGUUACUCUGUAUGGCUGCCUGUUUGCCGGCGGCGACUUCGUUCAUCAGAUGAUCGCACAAAGAGAAGAGAUGGACUGGAAACACACCAGAAAUGUUGCCAUAGUGGCCAUCAGCUUCCAUGGAAACUUUAAUUAUUUCUGGUUGCGGGCUUUGGAGAGCCGUUUUCCAGGAAAAUCUCCCGGAAUGCUUUUCCGCAAACUGCUCCUGGACCAAAGUUUUGCAUCACCCUUGGCAACGAGUGUCUUCUACACAGGAGUGAGCUUCUUGGAGAAUAAAGACGAUGUCUUCGAGGACUGGAGAGAAAAGUUCCUCAACACGUACAAGACUGGACUCAUGUACUGGCCUUUCAUGCAGUUCCUAAACUUCAUCCUGAUGCCUCUGUACCUGAGGACAGUCUUCAUGGGCUGCUGUGCGUUCCUGUGGGCCACCUUCCUGUGUUUUUCCCGGCAGAGCGGGGACGGUACGGCCAGCGUGGCCCUCACCUUCGUCCUGUAUCCCAAACAGAGGCUGCAGGCUGCCCGGGAGGCCCACCUCGCACGCAAGAAACAGAAAGAAGAGGAAGAACAGCAGCAGAGCACUGACAACUAACUGAAUUGGUUCAAUGAGAUUCGAUUCAAUUCAGGAAACAGAAAACAGAAGAGGACCUGAGCACUGAAAACUGAACUGCUAAAAUGUUAUUUCAAAUGAAUUUCAACAAAACGUUGUUAUAUCUCCGUCUUCAAGGGCAACAAGACAAGGAACGAGGGCAUGGUCAUGUGAGGCCAGGCCAGGCUCUCACACCUUACAAAAACAAAAAAACACAGUGAUGACUUAAUCAGUUGGAUUGAAUAUAACUUUAUUGAUAUUCUCAGGGGCAAGGAUGAGUGAAUAUAACUUUAUUGAUAUCCUCAGAGGCAAGGAGUAGUGACUAUAACUGUAUUGAUAUCCCCAGGGGCAGGAGGAGUGAAUAUAACUUUAUUGAUAUCCUCAAGGGCAAGGAGGAGUGAAUAUAACUUUAUUGAUAUCCUCAAGGGCAAGGAGGAGUGAAUAUAACUUUAUUGAUAUCCUCAAGGGCAAGGAGGAGUGAAUAUAACUUUAUUGAUAUCCUCAAGGGCAAGGAGGAGUGAUUAUAACUUGAUUGAAUAUAACUUGAUUGAUAUCCUCAGGGGCAAGGAGGAGGCAUUGUUGGAGCACAGUUAUAUCAUUUAAGCCUACUGUACAUAUACAAAUACCUCCAUCUAAUACUAUACCAGCAACACGUACAGUGGGCCUAAUACCUCCAUCUAAUACUAUACCAGCAACACGUACAGUGGGCCUAAUACCUCCAUCUAAUACUAUACCAGCAACACGUACAGUGGGCCUAAUACCUCCAUCU